AUGCGCCUCAUUACGGCAAGACAAGUGGCGGAGGAACCCUGCGGAGAAGCGGCCACUUAUGUCAACAGUUCCAACGUCUGCACAAUCAAGGGACAGCUAACCUCUCCAAGACACUGCUUCAGCCUGGAGAUCCAUGCACCCCAGGGAACGAAUGAAUAUUGCAAGAACCGGCUUGGUAUAGAAGGGGUUGAGAAGGACAUGACAGCGGGGGAAGGGUGGUGUGAGGAGAUGCUGUGUGUGAGACGAGAGCGAGCGGCAAAUGUCAAACAGAUUCCUUAUAGCUCUGUGAGGCAGCGACAGAAGGACAUGCUGCGCCGCAAUCUGCACGCGGCCGAUGGCUUCUGUGCGCGCCAAGCCUCCACCGGCGACUGUCUGCGGCUUCUCGGCUUCUCUGCUUCUGUGCUUCUGUGCUCGGGCUGGAGAUGGGUCUUACUCACAGGAUAA